AUGGAUCAAACAAAUGCAGAUACAGAAGAUAAUGUAAUGGAGGGCUUUGAAUCUCGCCAAGAAAUUGACGCCCUAUUGAAAGAGGCAGAAGAAGACAUGCUCAUUAACUCAAGCACGGAUGAUAUUUCAAAUAGUGAAGAAGAUGAUGAUUAUGUUCAAAUGUUGAUUGAAAGAGAGAUCAACAAUGGAUUCCCAUGGCACAUAUGUGAAUUUGCAUGCCUUGCACUUGAUAAUUGGCUCAAAUAUGCUCGUUGGAAUGCCAUUUCUUGGAUUCUCAGAAGGGAACAACAUUAUGUGAUUCAGUUACUAUCAUUGGCAUGUCUAUCAUUGGCGACAAAGAUGAAGGAAGAAAAAACACUAACUUUGAGAGACUUUCCCAUGGAAGAAUAUCAAUUUGACAACAAAGUGAUUCAAAGAAUGGAGCUUUUGAUCCCUCUACACCAAACAAAACAAUCUCUAGAAUUGCGCAACUUAUUUUUGGCUACCAUGAAAGAUGUGAAUCUGAUGGGCAAUCGACCAUCAAUCAUAGCCGUGGCAGCCACUUUAGUAGCCAUGGAUCCAAAAUUAACAAAAUCAUCUUUGGAUCUUAAGAUUAAAGCCUUCUCUCCCAUUGGGUUCCUUGAAAUAAAUGAUGUAUUUCCUUGCUAUACUCGGAUUCAAGAACUGGACAUGCCUGCUAUAGGAAAUGGGAGCAUCAAUAAACAUUUUUAG